AACAGAAUGCAGCAACAUUCUCAAUUGAAGAGAAGCUGUGUUUAUCUACAUUCAACUUUGAGUUGAGUUAAAUUUGGGUAUAUUGUUAGUCUGCUUUGAGAAGAAAACCUAUAUUUGCACAACGUAGCAAGAAGAGGUGCUUGGCUUACUAAAAUCCUGUGAAGAUGGAUAACGAAAUGAAAUAUUUAGCGGUGGACAGGCGAAGUGUUGGCGACCCCACUUUGCAAGCGGAAUGGAGCGCGAAGAAACUUGUUUGGGUGCCCGACGAAGAACACGGAUUUAUCCCUGGAAGCGUAAAACAAGAGAAAAACGAUGAAAUAACUGUUGAAUUAUCAGGUGGCAAACGAAAGACGUUUAGCAAGGAUGACAUCCAGAAAAUGAAUCCACCAAAAUUCGAGAAGGUCGAAGACAUGGCCGAACUAACUUGCCUCAACGAAGCAAGCGUUUUACACAAUCUGAAGGAUCGUUAUUAUUCAGAAUUAAUCUAUACCUACUCCGGUUUGUUUUGUGUGGUCGUUAACCCUUACAAACGGCUGCCUAUCUAUACCGAUAAUGUGGUGGAAAUGUACAAGGGAAAAAAACGACACGAAGUGCCACCACACGUUUAUGCAAUUACAGACACUGAAUACAGAAGUAUGCUUCAAGGUAUUAAACUUGCUUAUUACUUUGUAAAUGCUUGGCAUUCCCUUUUAAUUAACUGCCGUAGACAUUCCUCGCUCUUGUAAUUCCAUGGCUGGUGACAAAUUUUUGACUUCGUGUGCUGUAUUGUAUUAAGUAUUUUCGCGACGUAAACAAUUGACGUCGCUGCCAUUGCCGAUGGCAGGCGUGGCACCAGCAUUUAAAGUACAUUUUUAGACAGCUAAAUUCUGUACGUCAUUUCCCCAUGCUGCUUUGAGCCUUGUUACAUCUACAUAGUCAAAGCAUAUCGUUUUAUAUAAGUUUCAAAUUAAUAAAGAUAAGGACUGGCAUUGUACGAAAGUGAA